AUGGCGAUAGAAAACAAAAGCAAUGCAUGCACUACAAGAAUAAAGCUAAUACUACAACAGACACCAUCAAGCCUUAGCCUGUCCGGAAGCAAGACAAUACUCUCACCAGGAGUGAAAAAUUCUUUACAACAUGUUAUGUAUAAUUGGAGUGAUGAGGAUUGUGUCAGCGAUAAAAAUGAAGGAAGAAAAGGGAAGGUCCUUAUCAUUGACAUGGUAUUGAAUAGAGAUGAAGAUGAAGCAAACAUGACUGAAGUGAAGCUCAUAUUUGAUAUUCUAAUGAUGGUUUAUGUUACAGGAAGGCAGAGAACUGAGAAAGAAUGGGAAAAGCUAUUCCUUGAGUUGAGGCUGGCUUCAUGA